AGUGCUGGGAUUACAGGCGUGAGCCACCGUGUUCUUAAUGAACUUGAAUUAGAACUUUGGUAUUAUGUUAUGUCUUUACUACUUGUGGUUGAGAGAGACCUUCCCUUCAAAUUUGUUUCACCAGAGGCAUUUUUCAAAGUUUGUUUUUAGUUUUUGGUCAUACUGUAGACAUCUGUGAACUGGAGACUGGCUUGACAUUUCUGGUUGAUUACCAAAGACCCUGGAAAAGUCACCGGGAGAGUGUUCAUUCUUGGCCAUUAUCAACAUGUGUUUUUUGAGUUUAUGGACAUCACCAUCAUUUUUUUUUUCUUUUCCUAGAGAACACUUUAGAGAACCCUGUGUUCUUUUGAACCGGUAUAUAAUUUAGUGACUUUUUAAACUGCCAGGUAAUAUUUGAGAUAAAAUCAACAAUAUAGUAGUAGCAGUACAGUUUAAUCUAACACAAAUAGGAGAGCUUGUUCAAAUUUAGAUAACAUUGGGUCAAUCACAGUAUAUUUAAAAUUAAAUAAUUCUGUGGCAGAAGGCCCAGACCCAGUAAGGAGGCAAUGUCGGAGUCCACCGUGGUACAUGCUUAGCCAUCAGCAAACAGGUUAGGCUUGCCUAGGGAUCAUUUUACAGAGAUUUUAAAAGAUACCUUGUUAAAACAUGAUAUUCUUUACUCCAUAGAUACUUUAGCAUCAGUGAAUUUUAUGGUGGGAAAAAAUAUGAGAGUUUAACCACUGGAGAGAUUUGGCAGUUUCAAUUAAACAAUUGCACCCUUUAAAUUUUAAUUUUGAAAUCAGUGACUGCUGGUGUUUGGAUGUUCCUGUUAAUUUUUCUGGGAAGGUGAUGUGCUUUUGUAUGUCUGAUCUUUUGUUUAAAUGAAAUAUUUGAUCUUGAAGGGUUCUUCCAGCUUAAAAUCUUUGUCUCCUGGGGUUCUGGGGUUUAGUUUUGUGUUUAGGGACAACUGCUCCAAGUUUUAGGUCUUCUGCAGCAUUUAGUAUCUUCUGUAAAGAUGGUUUCUUUCUGAGGCCAACAGAGGCAGUGAGAUGUCUCCUUUUAGUCUGGUCUUGGUCCACUGGAUUCAGAUGGCUUCCAGGAACAGUGAAAACAUGGAUGAUGAUAAGAUAAUAGCUAUUACUUGUUGAACUUAUUAUACAUGACUUGACAUUUUCUUAUCUUCACAGCAAUCUAUACGAUUCAGUUAUUACUCCCUCCAUUUUACAAAUGAAGAAGCCAGGGCACAGAAAAGAUGAACAAUUUGCCAAAGAUCACACAGCUAGUGGUAGUGAAUCCAUAUGUAAGCCUUGAUCUGUCUGGCGCCAAAGCCUGUGCUUGCAACUAUGCGAUGCUGGCUCUAAGUAAGGCCAUCAGCUCUCUGGAAAUUGCCCUUCUGAGACAUUUGGAUAUCAGUAUGAACAACAUUACUCAGUUGCCAGAAGAUGCAUUUAAGAACUUCCCUUUUCUAGAAGAGCUACAAUUGGCUGGCAACGACCUUUCUUUUAUCCACCCAAAGGCCUUGUCUGGGUUGAAAGAACUCAAAGUUCUAACGCUCCAGAACAAUCAGUUGAAAACAGUACCCAGUGAAGCCAUUCGAGGGCUGAGUGCUUUGCAAUCUUUGCGUUUAGAUGCCAACCACAUUACCUCAGUCCCCGAGGACAGUUUUGAAGGGCUUGUUCAGUUACGGCAUCUGUGGCUGGAUGACAACAGCUUGACGGAGGUGCCUGUGCACCCCCUCAGCAAUCUGCCCACCCUACAGGCGCUGACCCUGGCUCUCAACAAGAUCUCAAGCAUACCUGACUUUGCAUUUACCAACCUUUCAAGCCUGGUAGUUCUGCAUCUUCAUAACAAUAAAAUUAAAAGCCUGAGUCAACAUUGUUUUGAUGGACUAGAUAACCUGGAGACAUUGGACUUGAAUUAUAAUAACUUGGGGGAAUUUCCUCAGGCUAUUAAAGCCCUUCCUAGCUUAAAAGAGCUAGGAUUUCAUAGUAAUUCUAUUUCUGUUAUCCCUGAUGGAGCAUUUGAUGGUAAUCCACUCUUAAGAACUAUACAUUUGUAUGAUAAUCCUCUAUCUUUUGUGGGGAACUCUGCAUUUCACAACUUAUCUGAUCUUCAUUCCCUAGUCAUUCGUGGCGCAAGCAUGGUGCAGCAGUUCCCCAAUCUUACUGGAACUGUCCACCUGGAAAGUCUGACUUUAACAGGUACAAAGAUAAACAGCAUACCUAAUAAUUUGUGUCAAGAACAAAAGAUGCUUAGGACUUUGGACUUGUCUUACAACAAUAUAAGAGACCUUCCAAGUUUUAAUGGUUGCCAUGCUCUGGAAGAAAUUUCUUUACAGCGUAAUCAGAUCUACCAAAUAAAGGAAGGCACCUUUCAAGGCCUGUUAUCUCUAAGGAUUUUAGAUCUGAGUAGAAACCUGAUCCACGAAAUUCACAGUAGAGCUUUUGCCACACUUGGGCCAAUAACUAAUCUAGAUGUAAGUUUCAAUGAAUUAACUUCCUUUCCUACGGAAGGCCUGAAUGGGCUAAAUCAACUGAAACUUGUGGGGAACUUCAAGCUGAAAGAAGCUUUAGCAGCAAAAGACUUUGUUAACCUCAGGUCUUUAUCAGUACCAUAUGCUUAUCAGUGCUGUGCAUUUUGGGGUUGUGACUCUUAUGCAAAUUUAAACACAGAAGAUAAAAACCUCCAGGACCACAGUGUGGCACAGGAGAAAGGUACUGCUGAUGCAGCAAAUGUCACAAGCACUGUUGAAAAUGAAGAACAUAGUCAAAUAAUUAUCCACUGUACACCUUCAACAGGUGCUUUUAAGCCCUGUGAAUAUUUACUGGGAAGCUGGAUGAUUCGUCUUACUGUGUGGUUCAUUUUCUUGGUUGCAUUAUUUUUCAACCUGCUUGUCAUUUUAACAACAUUUGCAUCUUGUACAUCACUGCCUUCAUCCAAAUUGUUUAUAGGCUUGAUUUCUGUGUCUAACUUAUUCAUGGGAAUCUAUACGGGCAUCCUAACUUUUCUUGAUGCUGUGUCCUGGGGCAGAUUCGCUGAAUUUGGCAUUUGGUGGGAAACUGGCAGUGGCUGCGAAGUAGCUGGGUUUCUUGCAGUUUUCUCCUCAGAAAGUGCCAUAUUUUUAUUAAUGCUAGCAACUGUCGAAAGAAGCUUAUCUGCAAAAGAUGUAAUGAAAAAUGGGAAAAGCAAUCAUCUCAAACAGUUCCGGGUUGCUGCCCUUUUGGCUUUCCUAGGUGCUACAAUAGCAGGCUGUUUUCACCUUUUCCAUAGAGGGGAAUAUUCUGCAUCACCCCUUUGCUUGCCAUUUCCUACAGGAGAAACACCAUCAUUAGGAUUCACUGUAACCUUAGUACUGUUAAACUCACUAGCAUUUUUAUUAAUGGCCAUUAUGUACACUAAGCUGUACUGCAACUUGGAAAAAGAGGACCUCUCAGAAAACUCAGAAUCUAGCAUGAUUAAGCAUGUCGCUUGGCUAAUCUUCACCAAUUGCAUCUUUUUCUGCCCUGUUGCAUUUUUCUCAUUUGCACCAUUGAUCACUGCAAUCUCUAUCAGCCCUGAAAUAAUGAAGUCUGUUACUCUGAUAUUUUUUCCAUUGCCUGCUUGCCUGAAUCCAGUCCUGUAUGUUUUCUUCAACCCAAAGUUUAAAGAAGACUGGAAGUUACUGAAGCGACGUGUUACCAAGAAAAGUGGAUCAGUUUCAGUUUCCAUCAGUAGCCAAGGUGGUUGUCUGGAACAGGAUUUCUACUACGAUUGUGGCAUGUACUCACACUUGCAGGGAAACCUGACUAUUUGUGACUGCUGCGAAUCGUUUCUUUUAACAAAGCCAGUAUCAUGCAAACAUUUGAUAAAAUCACACAGCUGUCCAGCAUUGGCAGUGGCUUCUUGCCAAAGACCUGAGGGUUAUUGGUCUGACUGUGGCACACAGUCAGCCCACUCUGAUUAUGCAGAUGAAGAAGAUUCCUUUGUCUCAGACAGUUCUGACCAGGUACAGGCCUGUGGACGAGCCUGCUUCUACCAGAGUCGAGGAUUCCCUUUGGUGCGCUAUGCUUACAAUCUACCAAGAGUUAAAGACUGAACUCCUGUGUAUGUAACCGUUUCCUCUGUCAACCAAAAUCAGUGUUUAUAGAGUGAACCCUAUUCUAAUCUUUCAUCUGGGAAGCACUUCUGUAAUCACUGCCUGGUGUCACUUAGAAGAAGGAGAAGGUGGCAAUUUAUUUCUCAAAUCAGUCAUUUUCAAAGGACAGGUGCCUAAAUUAUAAAUUGGUGAAAAAUGCAAUGUCCAAGCAAUGUAUGGUCUGUUUGAAACAAAUGUAUGACUUGAAAAGGAUCGGAGGUGUAGUAUAGCAAUAUAAUGUUAGGUUUUUCUGAUCUAUAAAAAGCAAAUUUAUACCUAUUUAUGAAUUAAGCACAAGAUAAAGAACAGCUGUUAAUAUUUUUAAAAAAUAUAUUUUAAAAUGUGAUUUUCUAUAACUGAAGAAAAAGUCUUGCUAAUUUUACCUAAUGUUUCAUCAUUAAUCUUAGGACAACUUACUGCAGGCCCAAAAAAGGGACUGUCCCAGCCAGAACUGUGAGAGUAUACAUAGGCAUUACCUUACUAUGUUUUCAGUUGCCAUCUUAACAUAGGAGAAUCAUAAAUUUUGCUUUGUUGAUUUAUAAAUCUAAAACCUGAAGAUGUUUUUAAAACAAUAUUAACAGCUGUUAGGUUAAAAAAAAGUAGCUGGACAUUUGUUUUCAGUCAUUAUACAUUGCUUUGGUUCAAUCAGUAAUUUUUUCUUCAGUGUUUUGUGAUUAUACUACUAGAAAAAAAGUAAAAGGCUAAUUGCUGUGUGAGUUUAAUAGAUUUGGCUAAACUACUAACUAAUGUGGGGGUUUAAUAGUAUCUGAGGGAUUGGUGGCUCCAUGUAAUGUUUUCAUUAAUAAACACUUCCUAAUAUCAUUGGCUCUACUGAUAUUUUCCAAUUUGUUGGUUUGUCACCUAGUAAUAAUUUGGAUUAUAUAGAAAGUAAACUGUGGUCAAUACUUGCAUUUAAUUGGAAGAAAUGGGGAGUAAGUAUGACACAAAGUACUUAUGUUUAUUUCUUAUUGAGCUGGAUUCUCUUGAACCUAUGCUAUUAAAUGGAAACUUCCAUAUAUCUUCCCCAUACUAUUUUUUUUACAAAAAGCCUAUUCAGUAGUUCAGAGGUUGAACUCUGGUUAAACAAGAUAAUAUGUUAUUAAUAAAAAUAUAAGAAGAAGGAAUUAAAGCUUAGUCCUGUGUCUUUAAAAAUUAAAAAUUUUACUUGAUUCUCAUGUAUGGUCUUUAGACCUAUUACUGUGUGGAGUCUUAAGGUUAUAAUUGUUCAAUAUGUUUUUUGAACAAUGUGCUAAAUCAAUAGCAAACCCACUGCCAUAUUAGUUAUUCUGAAUAUACUAAAAAAAUUCAGCUAGAUUGCAGUUUAAUAAUUAAACUGUACAUACUGUGCAUAUAAUGAAUUUUUAUCUUAUGUAAAUUAUUUUUAGAACACAAGUUGGGAAAUGUGGCUUCUGUUCAUUUCGUUUAAAGCUACCUCCUAAACUAUAGUGGCUGCCAGUAGCAGAAUGUUAAAUUGUGGUUUAUAUACUUUUUGCAUUGUAAAUAGUCUUUGUUGUACAUUGUCAGUGUAAUAAAAACAGAAUCUUUGUAUAUCAAAAUCAUGUAGUUUGUAUAAAAUGUGGGAAGGAUUUAUAUACAGUGUGUUGUAAUUUUGUAAGGCCAACUAUUUACGAGUUUUAAAAAUUGCUAUCAUAUUUGUAUAUUUACACAUCUGAUAAAUGUUAAAUCAUAACAUGGUAAGAAACUCCUAAUUAAAAGGUUUUUUUCCCACAAUUCAAAUUAUUGAAAAUUUUUCAUUUUAUUCAUUUUAAAACUAGAAUAACAGAUACAUAAAAUGUGUUAAUCUUUGUGCUAUAUAUGGUAUGAAAUACAAUAUUGUACUCAGUGUUUUGAAAUAUUAAAGUUUCUAGAAAGCAA